AUGGCGCCUUCAGUCUGGACUUUGGUGCUGCUGCUGGGGGCUGCCUGGGGCCAGGGCCACAAGCCUGCCCCUGUCUGGAGAGAGACACCUCUGGACUGGAAGCCGGUGGUUCGCCGCUCUGGCAACAGCUCUGUUCUCACCCAGUGUGAUUUUGAGGAUGACUCUAACCCCCUCUGCAACUGGACCCAAGUGUCUGCAGAUGAUGGGGACUGGACUCGAACCAAGGGGUCCGAGCACAAUGACACCACUGGGCCCCCUGGGGGGUACCCCAACAAAGAGGGCUACUACCUGCACAUGGACCCGCGCGCCUUCCGCCAGGGCGGGGUGGCCCGCCUGCGCAGCCCCACCGUUUGGGAGGCUGGGCCACUGUGCGUGCACUUCGCCUACCACAUGUUCGGGCUGUCGUGGGGUGCCCAGCUCAAACUGCUGCUGCUCCCCAGCACCCAGGGAGGGCGCCCCCGCCUGCUCUGGAAGCACAGAAACACCCAGAGCACCUCUUGGAUGCCCACUGCCGUCACCGUGCCCGCGGGGCUUGCCCGGCCCGGCCGGCUGAUGUUUGAGGCAGUGAGGGGAAGCACCGCUUACCUGAACAUCGCCCUGGACGCCCUCUCUGUCCUUCAGGGCGCCUGCCAUCAGGUCUGUGUGAUGCAAACCUGCAACUUUGACACUUCAAAUGACCUCUGUGGCUGGAGCUGGAUCCCAACCCCCACUGGGGCCAAAUGGGUCCAGAAGACGGGGUCAUCGGGGGACCCCAACGUGGGGCCUGUGGGAGACUUCUCCAGGCCUGGUAAUGGCUCCUACAUGCUCCUGGACCCCAAGGAUGCAAAAUCGGGGCAGAAAUCAAUCCUCCUGAGCCCGCUGAGCGAGUCCUCUGGCUGUCUGAGCCUCUCCUUCCACUACAUCCUCCGGGCCCGGGCUAUCGGUGCAGCCCUCAUGGUCAAGGCUGCACCCUUGGGCAGCAUCCAGAAACACACUCUCUUCUCAGGACAGCCUGGACCCAACUGGCAGCCCGUUUCUGUCAAUUAUACAAGCCAGGGGCAGAUACAGUUCAUCAUAGUGGGUGUGUUUGGAGCAAUCCCAGAGCCAGCUGUGGCUGUGGAUGCAAUCACCAUCGCUCCCUGUGGAGAGAGCUUUCCUCAGUGUGACUUUGAAGAUGAUGCCCAUCCCUUCUGUGACUGGAUGCAGGUAUCCAGAGAUGGUGGACACUGGACCCGGGGAAGUAGAAAUACUUCCACCCAGGGCACAGGCCCCUCUGGAGGUUCCCCUAAUGGAGGUGGUCACUACAUCUACCUCAAGCCUGACAAGUUCUCCCAGAUGAGGCAGCCUGUCAGACUAGUGAGCAGGUUCUUCUGUGCCCUUGAGGCAAUCUGCGUGGAGUUUACUUACCACUUAUAUGACCCCGGAGAGCAUGCUGUGCUCAAGCUUCUGCUGGGUACUCCUGGAGGUAAUGCCACGAGUUCUCUCUGGAGCCAUGUGGGGUCUCAGAACCCUGCCUGGCAGCAGGCCUCCAUCACCAUCCCUUCAGGACGUCAACAGCCCAUGCAGCUGAUAUUUGAGGCUGUUGUGGGCACCACCACUACCUUUGAUGUUGCUGUGGGUUUAAUCUUGAUCCAUCAUGGGGCCUGUCGUCCAGGUAAGGUGAAACCCAGGCUUCCUGGGAUACACCCAGUUCCACCUACCAUCGCCACUGAACCACCUCCUGUCCCCACAGAAAAACCCACUGUCCCCACUGAAGAAACCACCAUCCCCACAGAAAAAUGUACCACCCCCACUAAAAAGCCCACCACCACCACAGAAAAAACCACCAUCCCCACAGAAAAAUGUACAGCCCCCACUGAAAAGCCCACCAUCCCCAAAGAAAAGCCCACUGUCCCCACUGAAAAGCCCACCACCCCCACAGAAAAGCCCAUUGUUCCCACAGAAAGACCCACCAUCCCCACUGAAGAGCCCACUGCCCCCAUUGAAGAGCCCAUAGUCCCCACUGAAGAGCCCACUGUCUCCACUGAAAAGUCCACUGUCCCCACAGAAAAGCCCACUAUCCCCACAGAAAAACCUAUCAUCCCCACUGAAAAACCUACCGUCCACACAGAAGAGCCCAUUGUCCUCACAGAAAAACCCACCACCCCAACAGAAAAACCUACCAUACCCACUGAAGAGCCCACUGUCCCCACUGAAAAACCCACUGUCGCAACUGAAAAACCCACUGUCCACGCAGAAGAGCCCACUGUCCUCACAGAAAAACCCACCACCCCUACAGAAAAACCUACCAUCUUGGCUGAAAAACCUACCAUCCCCACUGAAAAACCCACUGUCCACACAGAAGAGCCUGCUGUCCCCACAGAAGAGCCUGCUGUCCCCACAGAAGAGCCCACUAUCCCUACUGAAAAACCCACCAUCUCCACUGAAAAGCCCACUGUCCCUACAGAAGUGCCCACAGUUCCCACUGAAAAACCCACCGUCCCCACAGAAAAGUCAACUGUCCCCACAGAGGUGCCCAUGGUCUCCACAGAAAAAUCCACUGUCCCUACUGAAAAACUCACAGUCCCCACGGAAGUACCUACUAUCCUCACUGAAAAACCCACAGCCCCCACGGAAAAGCCCACCAUCCUCACAGAAAAACCCACCAUCCUCACAGAAACACCCACCUUCUCCACAGAAGAAACCACAAUCACCACAGAAACACCCACCCUUCCCACAGAAAAGCCCACCAUCCCCACUGAAAAGCCCAUCAUCCCCACUGAGAAGCCUACUCUACCCACUGAAAAACCCAUUCUCCCCACGGAAAAGUCCACCCUCCCCACAGAAAAGCCUACCCUUGCCACAGAAAAACCCACCAUGCCUACUAAAAAGCUCACUGUCCCCACUGAAAAACCCACCGAAAAGCCCACCAUCCCCACUGAGGAGCCCACUGUCCCCACUGAGGAGCCCACUGUCCCUACUGAGGAGCUGACCGUCCCCACUGAGGAACCCACUGUCCCCACUGAGGAACCCACUGUCCCCACUGAAAAACCCACCGAAAAGCCCACCAUCCUCAAUGAGGAGCCCACUACCCCCUUGGAAAAAUCCACCCUCCCCACAGAAAAGCACACAGCUCCUAUGAUAGCCUACACCAGCCCAACACUCAAACCCAUUGGGCCAACAAUCUUGGUGAUGACUCCAACUGCUCCAAGUGCCUUCACAACCAGUGUAACCCUCGGCACCACUGCAACCCCUAUACCUGCUCCAGCGACCUGUCCCUCAGAUGCCCACUAUGAGUCCUGUGCCUGCCCUGCAUCCUGCGAGAACCCCAGGCCUACCUGUCAGCUCCCCUGCAGGCCAGGCUGUGUCUGUAAUGCCGGCUUUUUGCUUAGUCACUCCCGCUGCAUCAAAGCCUCUUCCUGCAAUUGCUUCUACAACAACAACUAUUACAAGCCUGGGGCCGAGUGGUUUAGCCCCAACUGCACAGAGCAUUGCCGUUGCUCGUCUGGCAGUCACCUGGAGUGCCAGGCCUCUCAGUGCGGGACACACAAAGUGUGCCAGCUGCAGAAUGGCCAGUACGGAUGCCACCCCUAUGGCACUGCCACCUGCUUGGCUUAUGGAGACCCUCAUUAUCUCACCUUUGACGGGAGGCACUUUAGCUUCAUGGGCAAAUGCACCUACAUCUUGACCCAUCCCUGUGACAACUCAACAGACCCAUACUUCAGGGUGGCAGUCAAGAAUGAGGAACGAGGACAGGAAGGCGUCUCCUGCCUGAGCAAAGUCUACGUGACCCUGCCCCAGACCACCAUCACCCUGCUCAAGGGCAGACACACACUGGUUGGGGGUCAGCAAGUCACCCUCCCAGCCAUGCCUUUUCAAGGUAUCUUCUUGACUCAAAGUGGGCGGUUUAUGGAGCUGCAGACAGCAUUUGGCUUGCGGGUGAGGUGGGAUGGCGACCAGCAACUGUAUGUGACUGUGACCAGCACCUACUUUAGCAGGCUCUGUGGUUUCUGUGGAAACUAUGAUGGUGACAGCAGCAACGACAACAAGAAGCCGGAUGGCAACCUAGCACGGGACGAUGAGGAGCUCGGGAACAGCUGGCAAAUAGCAGGGGAUGAAGAUAAGGAGUGCCAGAGGAACCAGGCAAGUCCCCCAUCUUGUGACUCAGCUUUGCAUAACAGCCUGCUGGGGCCAGAGUUCUGUGGACGGCUCAUCGACCCCAAUGGAAUAUUUGGAGCAUGCCUGCCUCACCUCAAGGCCUUUUUCUACUACGAGAGCUGCUUGUUUGACAUGUGCAACUUUCAGGGGCUGCAGCAGAUGCUGUGUGCCCAGAUGGCGGCCUUGACGGAGACCUGCCAGGCUGCUGGCCUCAUGGUGAAGCCCUGGAGAAGCCCCCAGUUCUGCCCUCUGGCCUGCCCACCCAACAGCAGGUAUUCCCUUUGUGCCAAGUCGUGCCCUGAGACCUGCCAUUCAGGAUUCUCCGGCAUGUCCUGCCCGGACCGCUGUGUGGAGGGCUGCGAGUGCAACCCGGGCUUUGUCCUCAGUGGCCUUCGUUGUGUCCCCAAAAACCGGUGUGGGUGCCUCCAGUCCCCAGGGGCCUACUUUGAGGAAGGGGAGUCUUGGUAUAAAACAGGCUGCAAGCAGCGCUGCUUCUGUGAGGGCAACAACAGAAUUCGCUGUGUGCGCUGGAGUUGUGGGCCUCGGGAGAUCUGUGUCCUGCAGGAUGGCACCUACGGAUGCCAUGCCCAAGGUACUGGCAUCUGCACUGCCUCAGGUGACCCCCACUACCUGACCUUUGAUGGAGCCCUGCACCACUUCAUGGGCACCUGCACCUACACCCUGACCCGGCCUUGCUGGAUCGGAGCCCAAGAGAGCUACUUCACUGUGAGCACCACCAACGAGAACCGGGGUGGGAAUCUCGAGGUCUCCUACAUCAAGGCCGUCCAUGUGCAGGUCUUCAACCUCCGGCUCUCACUGAUCAAGGGUCGCAAGGUCAUGCUGAACGAUCGUAGGGUGUCCCUGCCCGUGUGGCCUGCUGAAGGCCGAAUGAGCGUGGGGCUCAGUGGCUCCUUUAUCCUUCUCCAAACGGACUUUGGGCUUCGGGUUCGAUAUGACGGGAACCACCUCGUAGAUGUUUCAGUGCCCUCCUCCUUCGCUGGUCAGCUCUGCGGGCUGUGUGGGAACUACAACAACAACAGCUUGGAUGACAAUCUGCGUCCAGAUAGAAAGCCAGCAGACAGCUCUGUCCAGCUGGGCGCAGCCUGGAUGUUACCUUCUGCCUCUGAACCUGGCUGCUUUGCUGCGGGUGGCAAGCCCCCUAGCUGUCCAGGGAAAGAUAUGGCAGACAUCUGGAAUAAGAACUGUGAGAUCUUAAUCAAUCCUCAGGGACCCUUCUCCCAGUGCCAUGAGGUGGUGUCCCCGCAUCCCAGCUUCAGCAGUUGUGUGUAUGGGCAGUGUGGGACUCAGGGUGACACCCUGACCCUGUGCCGCUCCCUGCAGGCCUACGCGGCCCUCUGCGCCCAGGCUGGCCGGCCCCCUGCCUGGCGGAAUAGCACCUUCUGCCCUCUGAAGUGCCCGUCUGGCAGCCACUACAGCCCCUGUGCCAGCCCCUGCCCAACCACCUGCCUCAGCCUGGACACUCCAAGAGACUGCCCAGCCAUGCUCCCCUGUGCCGAGGGCUGCGAGUGUCAGAAAGGCCAUGUUCUGAGUGGGACCUCCUGUGUGCCCCUCAGCCAGUGUGGCUGCACUGACCAGCAGGGCUCCUACCACCCGGUCGGGGAGCGCUGGUAUGCAGACAGCACCUGCUCCAGGCUCUGCACCUGCUCCAGCCACAACAACAUCUCCUGCAGCCACACCAGCUGUAGCCCCAACCAGAUGUGCUGGCCUCUUGAUGGGCUGCUCCGCUGCCGGGCUGCAGGCAUGGGAGUGUGCCAUGUCUCAGGUGACCCCAACUAUGUGAGCUUCGAUGGCAGUUACCAUUCCUUCAGGGGUACCUGCACUUACAUCCUAGUGCAAGUGUGCCACCCCAACAUGGACCUGCCUUUCUUCAAGAUCAGUGCCAAGAACGAGAAGCAGGGUGGCGAGACCCCAGCUUUCUACCUCCACCAUGUCAACAUUUACAUCUAUGGUUCCCAUAUCACCCUGCAAAAAGACCACCAUGUUCUGAUUGACGGCAAACCAGUCACUCUUCCUGCAACCACCCAAAUUCGGCGGGUCAGCAUUACUGCCAAAGGCAUCUAUACUGUGCUCAGUGCUUACUUUGGACUGCUUGUGAAGUUUGAUGGCAGUCAUCUCUUAGAGAUCCAGAUCCCUAGAGCCUAUUAUCAAAAGGUCUGCGGUAUGUGUGGAAACUUCAAUGGAGAGGAAGAGGAUGAACUAAUGAUGCCCGAUGAUGAACUAGCCCAGAAUGACGUAGAAUUUGGGAACAGCUGGAAAGAUAAGGAUGACUCUGACCCAAGUUGCCAACGAGAUGACCAGGAAGUUCGGCUAGAACACCGGGAGAACCCAAACACGAACUGCAAGCCAGAUGACCUAGUGAAGGCCCAGCAGCGAUGCCAAGCAGCCUUUCAGGGUUCUGGCUGGUCUGAAUGUGCCACCCAGGUGGUCCCCAAACCCUUCCUGAUCGGCUGUACCUACAACCUCUGUGAGCUUAGAGGUGAAAACCGUGCCAUCUGUGAUGCUCUGCAAGCCUUCGGAGUUGCCUGCCAGGCCCAGGGGCUCACGCCUCCAUUUUGGAGAAACAAUAGCUUCUGCCCUCUGGAAUGCCCCGCCUAUAGCAGCUACACACACUGCGCUCCCUCCUGCCCGCCUUCCUGCGGAAACCUAAAGGGCCAGUGUGAGGGCACCAAACUCCUCUCCACCUGCUUCGAGGGCUGCAUUUGUAACCCUGGCUAUGUGCUCAGUGAUGACCAGUGUGUUCUCAGGAAUCAGUGCAGCUGCAAGGACGCCAAGGGUGGCAUUCUUCCCGCAGGUAAGACCUGGCUGUCCAUUGGCUGUACCCAGAGCUGUGUCUGCACAGAGGGAGUCAUUCAGUGCCGGAUCUUCCACUGUCCCUCAGGCUCCCACUGCCAGCCCAAUGCCAAGGGCAACAGCAACUGCGUACCCGACUGGUUGGAUCAUUGCUCAGUCUCUGGGGACCCCCAUUACCGCACAUUGGAUGGCCUAAGCUACCACUUCCAGGGCCGCAUGACCUACACUCUGGUAAAGACCAUGGAUGUGCUCCCCGAUGGGGUGGAGCCCCUGGUCGUGGAGGGUCGCAACAAGAUGUACCUGCCCUGGAGCCCAGUCUUCUUGCAUGAAGUUCUCGUAUAUGUCUAUGGCUUUAGAAUCCAGCUCCAGCGUGGCCUGGAGGUUGUGGUCAACUAUGAGAAGGUUGCCAUUCCCUACAAGCCCAGCGAGCACCUGCAGGUCUCCCUGCGGUCUCACCGCCUGUACCUGACCACUGACUUUGGGCUGUCCAUCAGUUUCGAUGGGAACAAAAAUGCAGUGAUCUCUAUGCCCAGCAUGUACCAAGGCCUUGUGCGCGGCAUGUGUGGGAACUUUGACAGGAACCAGAGCAAUGACUUAAUGUUGCCCAGUGGCGCCAUCACCCACAACAUUAACAUCUUUGGCAACAGUUGGGAGGUGAAGACAGUCGAGUCAACCCUGGCUCGUGUUCCAAGGGCCAUACAGGUGGAAGAAGAGGAAGUGGAAGAAGGGGAGUCAGGCUUCCAUGUGUCAGAAUGCAGCCCGGAGCAGCUGGAGCUCAUCAACAGCACCCAGGCCUGUAGGGUGCUGGCUGACCCCAAGGGCCCCUUUGCUGCCUGUCACCAGACUGUGGUGCCAGAACCCUUCCAGGAGCACUGUGUGUUUGAUCUGUGUGCUGCCCAGAAUCCCAGGGAGCUCGAGGAGCUGCGCUGCCAGUUGCUCAGCGGAUAUGCCCUCAUCUGCCAGGAGGCGGGUGCUGCCCUGGCCGGCUGGCGUGACCACACCGGCUGUGCCUUGGCAUGUCCAGCUAAUACUGUGUAUCAGAGCUGCAUGACCCCCUGCCCAGCCUCUUGUGCCAACCUGGCGGCGCCCAGGGACUGUGAGGGCCCCUGUGUGGAAGGCUGCGCCAGCCUCCCUGGCUACAUCUACAGCGGUGCUCAGAGCCUUCCUUGGCGGACUGUGGCUGCAUCAAUGACGGCAUCUAUUACCAGGUCCAGGCUGCAUCGGGGUGACAGCUUUGUGACCAAGGAUUGCUCCCAGCGCUGUACCUGUGCCAGCUCUGGGGUCCUGCUGUGUAAGCCCCUCAGUUGCAGCACUGGAGAGAUCUGCACCCUGGGGAACCUCACCCGUGGCUGCUUCCGAGAAAGCCCAUGUCUACAGAACCCCUGUCAGAAUGAUGGACGGUGUAGGGAGCAGGGAACCAGUUUCACCUGUGAGUGUGAACUUGGUUACGGGGGAGACCUCUGCAAUGAGCCUCGGGAUGUUCUACCCCCUGAAAAGCUAGAAGGGUCCAACUUUGUGGCCGUGCUGUUGGGAAUGCUGGUGCCCAUGGCAUUCAUAGUGCUGGCAGUGACCAGAAAGUACCUUCACAGGAAGAGGAGGAGGAGGUACCCCUGA